CAUCUGUCUCUAUACAGACCUUCUCAUACGAUGGAGAAAGAGAACAGGACUAUCGUCUCUGAAUUCGUACUCCUUAGCAUCUCAUCUCAGCAGGACUGGAACAGGCUAUUAUUCCCCAUCUUUUUGAUUAUGUACAUCAUCACAGUAUUGGGAAAUCUCAUUAUUUUCUUGGCCAUAAGGAUGGACAGUCAGUUCCUCCACAUCCCGAUGUACUUCUUGCUCAGUAACCUCUCCCUGGUGGACAUCUGCUUCACGACAGCCACCGCGCCCAAGAUGUUGGCCAAUAUGCUCUCUGGAGCAAGGAAGAUCUCCUAUAGGGGAUGUUUGGCUCAGAUGUACUUUUUUAUUGCCUUCGGCAUCACCGACAGCUUCCUCUUGGCCUCCAUGGCCGUGGACCGCUAUGUGGCCAUCUGUCGGCCAUUGCACUAUGCUACGGUGAUGAGCCACCGCAUCUGCCUACUUCUGGUGGCCGGCUCCUGGUUGGUUUCUCACCUCCACUCUCUCCUGCACACCGUCCUGAUGUCCCGCCUCUCUUUUUGCGCUUCUAAUCAGGUAUCACACUUCUUUUGUGAUGUCUUCCCACUGCUGAAGAUCUCUUGCUCUGAUACACACUUGAACACUUGGGUGGUGCACACGGAAGGGGCUGUGGUGGUCAACAGUGCGCUCGUAGUCAUUGCUCUAUCUUAUGCCCGCAUUCUAGUGGUUGUCCUAAGGAUUCCUUCCACUAAGGGGAAAAAAAAGGCUUUCUCCACUUGUGGGUCCCACUUGACCAUGGUGGCCUUAUUCUAUGGCACUGUCAUCUGGGUCUACUUCCAGCCUUCGUCCAGCUUUUCGGCUAAGAAAGACACUCUGGCUGCUCUCAUGUACACCAUGGUCAUACCCAUGCUGAACCCCUUCAUCUACACUCUGAGGAAUGACAAGAUGAAGGAGGCCCUGAAGAGGUUUUUGGGCCGGAAGGUCAACUAA